AUGCUUGAUGCACUCAUACCCACACCUGAACAACAUAGUGGAAUGCCAGAACCGCGUUUUCAUAGUGAGCGUUCUGAGGGAAAGUCAUUCGCUUCGAGAAUAUACAGACCCCAACGUCAAAGGGCGAGACGGUUUCCUACCAGGCCCCCGGUAAAAGAUCGGUUCCUCAAGAGGACGGGGGAGGAAAUGACGAGUGUAAUGGAAUCGAGGACACAAGCACCACACAAUCUUAUUGACAGACAAACACUGUGCUUGCCGAAUUUCUCCGAGGAUUCUAUACUGCAUAGUGGAGAUGAAGGCUUUACAGAGAUCUUGAGUCGAUACUUCCCUGCGGCGGAGAGUAACGCUUCGGAACGCCUGGUGAAAUUGAAGUCUCAGCUUCGUAAGGCUGACACCUAUGACUUCUGGAAAGUGCUGAUGCAGGAAAUGUGCGAUAUAACAGGAGCUCAAUGCGGAUUGGUUGCUAAACGAAUGUUGGUGGAUGAUCAGGAUACCGCUGUCGAACUCCCGGAACUUGGGGAAGAAGGCUCGUGUUUAAUGGGUGUUGCUUUCUACACAAAAAACGGGGAUGAGGAACCUAACCUUGAAAGAGAUUAUAAGUAUACAGCCUUUGGUACACCUUGCGCUUAUAUGAAGUACGAUAAGGUGGUCAUUGUACCCGAGAGAAUGAAGGAGGUAACACCUAACAACCCAAACAUCAUGCCAUGGGGCCAAUCGGAGGCCUUCAUUGGUGUGCCAUUAACUAUGGAAGACAAAUCUUUUGCACACUUUGCAUUGAUAUGGUCUGAGGACGGUGCAAAAAGAAGGAAGCUCAGUUGGAGCUUCAUAGAAAUGUUCAUGCAUUCUCUUGAAGACUUGAUUCUCCAACGUAUAGUAGAGGGCCGCGGCUUUGCUAAAGAUGGCAACCUUCCGGAAUGCGCUGCAGAACAGAUCAUACCUCUUUCUGCUAUCACCGCUUCGCAGUCACUAAAACCGUAUGCUCGCAGUCUGUCGCACGAGUUAAGGACGCCAAUGCAAGGAGUUGUUGGAAUGCUUGAUAUCAUGUACUCAACAGUACUUGAUGCUAUCGCGAAUCAACAGAAUGAGCGGGCUCGAGCUGUUUUUGCCGAUCUCAAGGCCAAUAUUGAGAUCGUGCAAGAAAGCUCUAGAAGGGCGAUAGAAGCAGCCGAUAAUGUUGUCCACGCAUACGAUCUCAAUAUGCAGAUGCCUGAUGUUCCCCUAACGCCUGAAGACGACGGAACAAAAUCUUUUGCACCAAUGCAAAAUUAUUCUCCACCAACCGAUGGACAAUUACGAGAGGCAUUUUCAUCUCCAAAUCUAAAGAAGAGAAAUCGUUCCGAAGACCUCGAGCUCAAUUUAGGAUCUCCUCCGAAGCGUAUGUUCACUUUGCCAGAGGAAGAAAUAUCACAGCAUUUACUCGAUGUCGAUUCCGCCAUAGUUUCCACGGCAUGCUCUAGCCCCGAGAUGCCCAUUCGAUCCACCACCACCACGACUUCAGAGAUAGAGAUGAAGUCGAACGAGUUUCCUUUCGAUUCAAACCCUAGCCCACUUACAUCUCCAGCUUCCGUGAAUCCUGGUCAUCAACGAGUUGUUACCCGCGAGUUCAUGCGAAACCUUAUUAGUGAUUCCCUCAAGACCGAUUAUCCAACUAGCGAGCACCAUACCGCAACGGAAUUUGGCGAGAUAAUUGAACUAAAAACACAAGGAUCAAGAGGCGAAAUCCAAGAAUGCUCGAUCGAACUAGUGAUCCAGCCCGAUGUUCCCGAAGCUAUCCUUACUGAAGAGCAGCAUUUGCAAUUCUCAAUCUCAAAAAUCAUCGACAAUGCAAUCAAAUUUACUGAUGGGGGUAGCAUUACAAUAACGGUCAAACUCAACAACACGGGGCACAUGAUUGAGAUAUGGGUGGUUGAUACAGGAUGCGGUAUCACCGAGGAAUCAAGAUGUCGUUUAUUUCAACCUCAUUUCCAACAAAAUGCAUCAAUCAGUCGUGCGAAAGAUGGUCUAGGACUUAGCCUGUUCAACGCGAAAGCUCAUGUGAGGAAGAACCUUGGUGGUGAUGUCACACUGGAAAGAUCUGCAACAGAAGGUCCAUUAAAAGGAUCGGAAUUCCUGAUACGUCUUCCAAUCUCGGUACUGGAUAUGAAAAGGGCUGUAACUCCACUUGUGGGCUCAUCACCUAGUCAUCCUCGAAUUACUCGGGAUGCUGUUAUAUCGCCUUAUGCAACAGCCUCAGCGAAGACUGCACGCCGACGAGCAACUCCCAACGCCAAUCUUGCCAAAGACUAUCCUCUAAACUUCCUCGUUGCAGAAGACAACGUAAUUAAUCGAAAAUUCGCUUUUACAGCUCUCAGCAGACUCGGCUAUUCUGAAGAUAACAUUACACUUGCAUUUGAUGGAGCAGAUGCCGUUCGUUCUUACCAAGCCUCGUUGUCAAAGCCAUCUGGUCGAUAUGAUAUAAUAUUAAUGGAUAUAUGGAUGCCGAACAUGGAUGGCUACGAAGCUACAAAAGAAAUAACCAAAUUGGCAGAAGCUCAUGGAGAGACUGCCACUAUCGUCGCGGUUACCGCCGAUAUAACAGACGAUUGUUCAAUGAGGGCGAAGGAAGCGGGCAUGCAAAGUUUCCUAGCAAAGCCGUAUAGAGUUAUUGAUAUGGAGAAACUCAUCAUCGGCAAUUUUCAACAAGGGUUCUGCUGUUCAGAAUCAUGA